AUGACUGACUCCCAGCCAAAGCUAGCGCAUGCAGGUUUCUACUACAACCCCUACGAGACCAACCCCGAUAAUACGACAUGCUACUUAUGCCAACGCGCGCUCGACGGGUGGGAAUCGGAGGAUAACCCGAUCACUGAGCAUCUUAAACACUCAAAUGAUUGCGGUUGGGCUAUCAUGAUGGACAUCGAGCAGCACAGCUCAAAUCCCGCUGAAAUUGAAGAUCCAACAAGCGACAGGAUAGCGCAGGCAAGACAAGCCACUUUUGGCGAUCAAUGGCCACACGAUGGCAAGCGGGGCUGGACUUGCCAAUCUGAAAAGGUAGUGUUCGACAUGUUUUCAAUUCCAAAGCGCAAUUUUGAGGAGCACUACCGGCGGUCAGCCGAUUGUUCCUUCUUCGUCUUUGCACAGCCUCCUGGCAAGAAGUCAAAAACUUCUCGAUCAAAAAAGUCGCGCGUUUCCAAAGCAUCGUCCCGUCUGUCGACGCAAUCUACAGUAUCGGAAGCGCCCAUGAUCGGGCUUGACAACCAAAUGGAUGAGGAUGAUAUUCCUCAGCCGCCAAUCAAAACGAAAACCUCAAAGAAGUCAUCGAAAUCCAAAUCCAAGACCUCGAAAUCUAAGAAGGAUGAUACCUCGGAGCCUGAUAGCCAAAUGGAUUUAGACACCGUGGAAUAUGCCCAACUUGAACCUACCAAGCCCAAGCGGACCAGAGGCAAGAAGAGGGCUAGUGAGGAAAUGGACCCAGACGAGUCUAACAUGGCUAUUGCUGAGGCCAUUCAUCAAUCUGAACCACCGACCAAGAAGAGAGCGACGAAGUCGCGCAACAGUGAUACUCAGCGAGAAGACAGCACUCGCAGUGACGUUGCUAUCGCAGAUGUGCAUGAGCCUGACGAAAAGGCCUUCCUCGAAACUGAAGCUAAGAAGGGGCGUGCGGCCACCAGGAAGAAGACAUCAUCCAAAGAUCGGAAGCUAUCAGAGGAUUCAUCGGUAGCUCAGGCAGCUCCGGAAGCUCGCUUACCGCGAGAUUCGGAGAUUGAUGCAGCAAUUGAGGCCGAACUGGAAGUGGGCGAGCCUAUGGUCGAAGAGCCUCCGGCGGAAACACACAAGUCUUCGAAGAAAUCAAAAUCCAAGAAGAAAACAAAGAAGGCAGCAGAAGAACCAAUAAAGCUGCAGCAUGAUGCUGUCGAGCGAAACGAGGAGCAAGAGUUGCGUCGAUACGACGAUGAUGAGUUUGUCUACAAGCGGAAAAGUGAUGUUCAGUUGCCAGCCGAGCAGCCGAAACCAGCUAAAUCCACUACCAAGCAGAGAAGCUCAAAAGAAGCAAGGCUUUCAGAAAAGAAAACAACCGAGUCACCCAAGGGUCGCCCAGCAACAAAAGUUGAUGCAGCAGAUGUUGACGCCGAAGCUGAUCACAGGUACCAAGGGUCUUCUGUGUCAGUGGAGAUAACAGCAAGGAAUCCAGAGCCAGACUUCGAACCCGAAAGGAGAAAUAGUGGCUCUCAAACGAAGAAGGCGACCAAAAAGUCUUCGACCAGCAAGGCGAAGAAAACUAGUCACACCAGGGACGUAUCUCCGGAGCCUCUGGAGCCUUCAGAGGCUGAAACUCAUGCUUCCGAGAGGCUUGAAACAAGACGUAGCUCGAAGCCGGAGGCCCCUUUGCCACUCACACAGAAUACAAUUUCUCCGCACAAUCAAAUCGAUGUACAAGAGCAAGAGCUGGAGCUAGAACCGGAGCUAGAGCCAGAGCUAGAGCAGGACCCCGAGAACGACAUAGAGCAAGACAGGGAGGUAGAGCCGGAGGAGCCGGAGGCGCAGCUGGAGGUCAACGAAACGCCUGUCCAUCGCCGGUCAUCCAAAGUUCCCCCGAAGACGGCUGAGAGAUUCAGCGACAUCCCCCAAGAGAAGCAAUUUGCCAAGUCGAUUGCGGAAACUCGAACGCCGAACUCCCAUCAAGCACCACAAGCUAAGAUAAACUCUGGCCGACAGGAAAGUGAUGCAGUGUCGCCUCUCCCUUCCACUUCGAAGAGUUCGCCAUCUUCGUCGCCCCAGUCCUCCGAUGCUGAGAAUCAACCUCCAACUAUACAACCAUCGUCUCUAAGGACGCAACUGGCAUCACCAUCUAAGGAGAAGUCGGUUCGCAUUCCCCUGGCAAGCAGUACGCCCUCACCGUCCAAACGAAAUGUGAAUUCUGGAGCACUUAGGAGUCUACACCCCUGGACUCCUAUUGACAUAGAUGAACUUCUCUACGCGUCGAUGAGUGAUAAGGAGAACAUGGAUGUAGGGGCUGCUCUAAACAGUGUCAAAGGAGAUCUUACAAGUCCUGAGAAGAAGAUGACAGUACAAGAGUGGAUUUUCUGGAACGCUCGGAACGGAGAAGAAAAGCUCAAGCGCGAAUGUGAAAGAUUGGUCAGUCAAUUCGAGAAGGAAGGGGCUCGAGCGAUGCGCACAUUGGAAGGGAUCGAAUGCAUUGAUUGA